AUGGCCGUGAACCAAUCGACAACUGUUCACUCGAAAGACGCAACAACGGAGGAAUUCAUUCAAAAAUACAUGUCACUUAUCAUCGCUGCAUGCAUUGGAACCAUCAUUUUGGGUCUUCUUUUAGCUUCUGGAUUCAUGUAUUUAACGAAGAAAAAAGGGAAAAAGGAAGAUUCAAAUCAGUCAAAACAAAGAAGUUUCAAUGAAAGAUCUGUGACUACUCCGCCGAAAAUUCCAACUGACAAACCGACGAAAAGUGCAACGACGACUGAAAGUUCCAUGAGUUCCGUGAUUUCGAGUGGACCAAGUGAAACAAAAAUAGAAACAGCGAAAAAAUAA